AGGAGGAAAUGGAAAGAAACGGAUCGGAGCUUGACUUGCCGGGAUUCCGGUUCCACCCAACCGAGGAAGAGCUACUGGAGUUUUAUCUCCGGCGAGCUGCCUGCGGGAAGAAGCUUAACUUCGACAUUAUUGGAACACUCAAUCUUUACCUUUAUGAUCCCUGGGACCUUCCUGCUAUGGCAAAGAUAGGCGAGAGAGAGUGGUACUUCUUUGUGCCAAGAGACCGGCGGCAUUCAAAUGGGGGCCGGCCGAACCGAACGACGGAACGAGGGUUCUGGAAGGCCACCGGUUCGGACCGUCCCAUACGCAGCGUUGUCGAUCCCCGCCGUCUUAUUGGACUCAAGAAGACCCUCGUCUAUUAUUGCGGCCGCGCUCCUCGUGGAAACAAGACUGAUUGGGUCAUGAAUGAAUAUCGUCUCCCUUCAUUUCCCAACCAAUCCUCCACCUCGAAUUCUUUCAAGGAAGAUAUAGUACUAUGCAAGGUCUAUAGAAAAGCGGCGUCGCUGAAGGAGCUAGAGCACAGGGCGGCUAUGGAAGAGGAUAGCCGGGCUUCACAUGGAGGCACGAUGUCGGCAACCUCUUCUGAACAGGAUGAUGUUCAGAGGUUGGGCUACGAUGAAGUUAUUAUGGAAAUGAAAGAGGAGUUUGAGAUAAAUAUCCCAACUGAUCAAUUUUCCUCAUCCACGGAAGAUCAAUUUCGAUCGCCGACGUUGCCAUUACUCGAUUCAUCACAGGCCUAUCGAUCGCUUCCAAUUGGAUUCGAGUCAACAACAAAAGUUCAAGGACAGCCGAAUCUGUUGUCUAAGACUCCGGUGAACCGACAGGCACCGAAGCUGCCGGCGCUUCAAGUUCCCAACCACACAAGCUUUGAUUGGGUGCAAGACCCGUUCCUGAGCCAGUUAAGGAGUCCAUGGCUUGACCAGUGGUCUCCUCUAUAUGCCAAUUUGCUUAACUUGUGA